GGUUGGUUGUUAGUUUGAUAAAGUGCAACAGGUGUGGUAAAUUUGAACAUUAAUGAUAUGGGCCUUUUGGACGAUAUGUUUUCCAUAAAGAAAGAAACUACAAAAUCGCGUACAGCCAGGGCAGCUGUUCCAAAAAAAGAAACUGGGAGAAAAGCACAAGUUACAGAUAAUAUAAGUCCAGCAUCCAAAACUUCCUUCUUUGGGUCCUUGAGAAGAAGUGCAGGUGGUGUGACAACUUCUACACCCAAGAGUACCUCAGCGACUACGAGAUUGAAUGAUGCAGCGAGGACAAUAGAAUCACCUCAAUUGAGGAAUAAACCCCCCGAUAAGGAAAAGAAGCCUUGGUUCCGAACUACGAGCGCUAACAUCCUGCGAAAAGACCCUAUAAAGUCUUCUAUCACAUCUCUGAAUUCCAACGCUCAAAAUUCACCAAAUGUAACGAAAAAGAGAAGGCCGUUGACCAUUCAGUUGGGACCGAAUGUGACUGUUAGGAGAGGCCAGAACGCCAAACUCGACGGUCAGAAUUUACCGGAUAAUCUUUCGAGAACGUCGUCGAUCACCAAUUUAGAUGCCGAGCAAAAGCUCGGUAAAGGCGCCAAACCCAGGAAGACGGCCUCCAGGGACAGAAUAGAUAAGAUCGGGGACGGCAAGAAGAAUGACAAAAAAGGCAUAACUAAGAACAACAAUAAGUUGGAGUCGGGCGAGAGCCCCUUUCCCUCUAUAGAUUCUUUACAAGAAGAAGAAUUCGUACAACUAAGGAGGCAGCUACAAGAGAUGGCCCAAGAAAAGAGUAACUUGGCCCUACAGUUAGGCGAGCAAAAGGGACAGCUCAAUAUCCUGCAAAAGGAAAUACAAAGCUUAAAGAGUUUUCAGGAUGAAUCGAAUCUGCAACUGGAACAACUCACAGAAGAGAAUACAGCCUUGAGGAACCGUCUGCGAGAUGUCGCACAUUCUCCUCUUUCGGACAACGAGAAGCAGCAGUUGUUGUACGAGACCCACCACAGGCACCACAGUUCUGCACCUGCAUCUAUUGCAACAAACCUAAUUGAUGAAGGAACUGGUGGUGAUAUUACGGCUUGUCCCACUCCUGAUUGGGAUAAGCAUUCAUCGAGCAAUGUCAGCGAGGUGUCGGUUGCUUGCUUACAGGACAAAAUAAACCAAAUGCAGGAAACUCACUAUAGUACAAACGAGGAACUACAGGCUACAUUACAGGAGCUCACUGACCUCCAACGCCAACUCACUGAACUUCAGCAGGAAAACGAACGCUUAAACGAAGAAAAGACACUUAUGUUUGAUAGCUUGUGUAGGCAAACGGAAAGACUGAACGAUUCCCGAUCCGAGGUGGAAUCCCUGAAGCAACUGCUUUAUAGAGAAAAAGACGAGGCCGGUCAGUACGAGUCGGCGAUCGAGAGGGAACAAAAACUGGUGGAAUUGUUAAAAUCAGCCCAGGAGGAAAAGCAAUCGCUGCUUCUCAAACUGGAGCAAGCGAAUAAUGAGAUACAAGAGACUAGGGCCGGGUUAAUCGAGAAGGACGAACGGAUAACUCAGCUGUCGGAGAGAGUUCGGACUCUGGAGAGCACUCUAGACGCCAAACAUGCCGAGCAUAAGCUAAUAGAUCAGGAGCUGGCUCAGGCUAAGGAUCAGUGCAGCGGGAAGCAGAUUGAGAUUAACCGACUUACGCACUUGUUGGAUAAUGCUCGAACAAAAAUCAUCGAACUAGAGCAGGACAGGGCAUUGAGUGAUAAAUCGGAAUUGGAUGAACUUUUAGACAAUGCCAGGAAAGAGAAGGAUUCUCUUGAAUCUGAGGUAGCUCAUUUGAAGGAACAAUUAGCCAUAAGCAAGAACGAAAUUGAAAAGUUGAAAGAACAAGUUUCAAUAUUGCAGGAAGAAUGUAAGGUAACAAGAAAUAAUGCAAGAACAAAACAGAGCGAUCUUGAGUAUAGAUGUGAUAAAUUGAUGUCGGAGAAAAACAACUUAAACGAUCAAUUGCUAGAGUUUCAAGAAGCGAUAAAUGAACUUCAGGUCCAGAGUCAGUGCCAGGCAGAAGACAAAAGACAGCUUUCUGCCGUCCUGUCGGAAACCCAGAGAAAUCUCAGCGAGGCAGAGGGAAAAAACAUGGUUUUAGAAUCGGAAUUACAGGAAUUGAAGAAGGUCCGAACGGAGGAGGUCGAGGAAUGGGAGAAGUUCCAGAAUGACUUAUUGACCUCGGUUCGCGUCGCCAACGACUUUAAAACAGAGGCCCAGCAGGACCUCCAGCGCAUGAUCUUGGAGAAUAAAUCUCUGAGGGAGAAAGAAAGGCAACUGAAAUCGGAAAUCGAGAAACUAAAAGGUGACAAGAAAAGUAAAAAAGAAGAAUUAGUCGAUAACCGAAACAGUGUCGACAUGGAAAACUUUCUUGGACUGUCGAAACGCAGCAGGGAUAGAUCGAAGAAGGCCAAAGAUACUGUGGACGUGUCUCCGGGAAAACACGACAAAAGGAAGGCCAAAGAUACUGCGGAUGUCACCUCGGGAAAAGACGACAGGAGGAAAGCCAAAGAUACUGUGGAUACGACCCCAGGAAGAGACCACAAAAGGAAGGCCAAAGAUACCGUGGAUACGGCCUCAGGAAAAGACCACAAAACCAAGACCAAAGAUACUGAUGAGUCCUUAGGAAAAGACGACAAAGGGAAGGCCAAAGAUGCUGUGGAUACAGCCUCAGGAAAAGACCACAAAAGGAAGGCCAAAGAUACUGUGGAUGUGGCCUCGGGAAAAGACGACAAAAACAAAGAGAAAAAAUCAGAAGUUGUGGCAAAACCGGUCAAAAAACGAGAGAAACCUACGGCUCGAAGCAAGAAAAUCAAAACGCUCUCUGUAGAAGAAGAACUUCUAAUGAAAUCGCUGAACGAUUGGUACGAAAAUAUCGAUAAAAAUGUCCCAGAAGACAAGUUAACCGAAGAACAGAAGGUUAUUAAAAAACUGAAGACGCUUUAUGAGGACGACAGUUUGAAAUCAAAACCAGUGGCUCAUAAACCAAAAAAUUUGCUGGCGAUAAGCAAACCGUUACUAGACUCCGUUUUUCUAAACCCAAAGUUGGAAGAAAUUGUGAAAGACCCCAAUAUGCCCACUAUCGAAGAAUUCGAAAAUUACGAUGUUUUAAGUAUAAAUGAAAUCCCCGAGUUGAGAGCUUUACCCGAGAUACCCGGUAGAGCGGCAGGAGUGCGUAGCGUCGAUCUCACCAAACUCAACGAACAGAAAAAGGCUUCAAUUAUUGGCCGGAGUAAGAGCUGCGACGAUCUGUAUAACCUGGAUGAGAAACACAACACUCCGAUUCUGUACAGAUCCGCAGAGACAGAAGAUCUAAGUAAAGAUGUACCUAUAGUCUUUGUUCAGAGAGAGUCGAGCAUAUUACCUAGCGAUUCGGUAUCAAACCCACGGUAUUCUGAUUUCGCUGCUGUUAUUGACAACCGUAUGAGACAGGAAAACAUUGAAAUAAGACAAGAAACUAUAAAGUUAUCACGAAACAGUUCAGUUAACUUUGAAACUCUGCAAAGCAUUCUGGCUUCGAUUCCGAGUGACAUUCCUGAAGACCAACUCAAUAGUGAACAAAAAUUUGCAGUGCGGUUAAAAAGAGCCUUAGAUGAAGCUGAAAGGAAAAAUACACUGAAGAAAAAACGCAAGGGCAAAAAACAUAUCGUUAUAAGUUCUCCGACAGCUGAUUCCGUAGAAAGAAACGCUAAACUAAAAGACAUCUUAUUAAACCCUCAAAUACAGGCUGUAAGGCGAAACUCUGAUACGGACAACGCAGGGCCGUUUGUCAAAGAUCCCCUAAGGGAGAGCAAGAGCUACCAAGAUAUUUCUUUCAGUUUUAACGUGAAUCAAAACAACGACAACAGAUCCCUUGAUUCCACUCACAGCACUCUUGGUGACAGUUACGGAUUUAAUAGGAAGAACUCUCAAGCCGGGACGUUUUCAAGUACGGAAUUUGAUGCUGAAACAAAUGUAUCGUCACCACUCAACUUGAAAAAUUUUAAUACUUUUAAGGAAACUGAUGUGGGAGACAAAUCUGUUUUAAGUAAUCAGGCCAAGGUGACGGAUAAUUUUCAACUUCGUACAGAAAAUCAAGAUCGAGAUUUGUUGUAUAAUGAAACACUCAAUAAGAGAAGUCAGUCCACCCGUCUCUCAGGAAGAAUGUUAAGAGAUCUUGAGCAAAGUGAACUGCACGAAGCUCGUAAUUUCCAAGUAAGGUCUUUUGAGGAAGAUGACAUUGGCAAAAAUCAUACAGCUACCGUGAUUACAUCUGAGGAGUAUGUGUUGGUGUUAGAUGAUUCACAAAAUAAAAGUGGGUCUUUAGACUUGACUGAUAUUGAGCCCCUUACAUUUAAAGUAAGACAGGAGGAAGAAAUUGGUAAAAAUCAUACUGCUACAGUUGUUACACCCGAGGAAAAAGUAGCAGUAUUCAAUGAAAAUCGCUCUGCCAAUAUAACAAGUGUUAAAACACCUUCCCGCUUUAUAGUGAAGCAUGUUGAUGAAGAUCCAAUUGCUAGAAGGCGUACUGCUACUGUUAUCACAGCUGAGAAACAUGUAGCAGUAUUGGAUGAAGCAUAUAAUAGAAAUCGCUCUUUAACAGAUAAAGAAAAUCCUUUAUACCAUAAAGUGCAAUUGGUUGAUGAUACAUUUGGCAAAAGUCAUACUGCUACUGUUUUUACACCUGAAGAAUAUGCAGCAGUAUUGGAUGAAUCAUAUAAUAAAAGUCUCUUACCCCCUUCAGCUAAUGAAGAAACGCCUUAUUAUAAAGUGAAACAUGUUGAUGAUGAAAUUAGAAGAAGUCAUGCUGUUACUGUUAUUGCAGCUGAAAAACACAUGGCAGUAUUGGAAGAAGCACAUAACAAAAAUCGCUUUUCCUAUUCAGCAGAACCAGAAACUUCUCCGUGCUUUAUAGUGAAAAGUCUUGACGAAGAUGAAAUCGACAGAAGUCAUACUGCUACAGUUGUUACACCUGAGAAACACGUAGCAGUAUUGGGUGAAACGCAUAAUAAGAAUCACAUUUCUCAUUUAGCAAAAGAAGAAAAUCCUCCACACUUUAAAGUGAAAUGUCUUGAGGAGGAUGAAAUUGAUAGAAGUCAUAUUGCUAGUGUUAUUACACCUGAGGAGCACAUAGCGAUACUGGACAAUUCACAUGAUAAGAAUUCCUUUUCAAAUGCAGCCAAUAACAAAACUCCUACCCAUUUUAAAGCAAAGUAUUUGGAUGAAGAUGUAAUUGGUAGUCAAACUGCUAGAAUUAUUACUCAUAAAGAACACAUAGUGGAAUUAGAUACCACCACUGAGAAACAUUUAUUUGAUAAAAUUUCCAACUUAGAUAGUGCACCUGUUAACUUCAAAGUGAAAUCGGAUGAAAAUUAUAUUGUUAAAAAUCAUAGUGCCACUGUUAUUCUGCCUAAAGAGUAUGCAGUAGUUUUGAAUGAACCAAAACAGUUUCCUGAUUCGACAAAUAAUGUACCUCUCGUAUUUAGAGUUGAAUCAGAUGAAGAUGAAGUUGGUAAAAGUAAUUAUACCACUAUCAUCUCAUCUCCAGAACACAUUGCAAUCUUGAAUGAUUCACAGCCCAGUAGUUUAGAUCUAACAUACAACGAUACUCUAAAUAAAAAAUUAAUUAACAGGCAACAGAAUACUGAAAAUUAUGAAAGACCAUUUGAGAUUCCCGAUAUAAUUGUAGACAUCAAUAAUACCAGUAUUUCUAACCAAGAAACGGAAGAUCUGACUCAAACGGACUGUUAUACAAUUGAUGAAACUGACACUACUGAAAGAAUAUCAGAUCCGAGUUAUGAAGAAGUUACCUGGGAUAUGACAGACCAGAAAGAAGAGAAUCCUGAAUACGACUACCAUGCGAUACUAAAAGAAAAUAGGUAUGGCGUCGAGACACCGUUAAAUAUAAGGUUAUCGUACAAAGAUGUCGUCAAGGAAAUUAAGACUAAAUUCCAUCCAAAUGAAGAUGAUAGUACUCAUCUGGAAGAUGAGACUAUAGCUGAAAAGGACACAUUUUUCGACGAAUUCUUUGGUAUAAAACGAAAAUCCGAACGAACAGAACCUGAUGGGGCAACCUCAAGUAAUGCGGAUGAUAUUGAUGCGGAAAUGGAAGAAAUAUUUGAGAAGUAUCUACACACCCCUGUGUCGAAAGUUAUCACACAAAUUGGAAGUGACGAAGAUGAUGAUUUUGAAGCUGAUGAUGUUAAAGUUACUAGCGCUACCAAUUUUGCUAUUUUGGCAAGUGAAGACGAUGACGCACAAGUAUUGGAUGUUGAAGACGUCAAAAACAAUUCUAAUGAAGGAACUACAGAACAAGAAAAUAUCCAAAAUAAAGAAGACAUUCUUGAUUCUUCUAAAGUAGACAUCAAAAACAAUUCUGUUGAAGGAACUACAGAACAAGAAAUUAUCCAAAUUAAAGAAGACAUUCUUGAUUCUUCUAAAGUAGACAUCAAAAACAAUUCUGUUGAAGGAACUACAGAACAAGAAAUUAUCCAAAUUAAAGAAGACAUUCUUGAUUCUUCUAAAGUAGACAUCAAAAACAAUUCUGUUGAAGGAACUACAGAACAAGAAAUUAUCCAAAAUAAAGAAGACAUUCUCGAUUCUAUCAAAGUAGAAAUUGAACCAAACAGUGUAUCAGAAGUCGUUACAGAAAUGAGAGAAGAAUCUCCUCAGAUAUUCAGUAAAGAGAAAGAUGUGAUCACUGAUAAAUUGUUAUCUGAUGAUUUAGAUAAAGACCUUUUAUUGACAGAGAAUGAAAAACAAUCGAAGCAAGUUGUUGAAAAUGUUAACGAAAACUUAUCACUUGUCAGCAAUAUCGACGGCACUCAGAAAUUGCCAGGGAAGGCUAAUAUUGAUGAUGCUGAUAACAGUUUAUCUGAAGAAGAACUAAGUCUCUUAAGAAUGCUGGAGAAUGUGAGGUAUUCUAGGCCUCUUUCUGACUUUAACGAGAAGGACUUGUGCUUGAUUGAAGAAUUGUCUUCCCGGUACUUACCAAAACUUAAACAGUCCCAUGCAAAAGUAACUAAUUCUCCAUUAAAAGCUUCUUCAGACUGUAAUAAAACAAUUUUACAACCUCAGGAGGAAAUUAUAGAAAAUAGUGAAAUAGAGGACUAUGAAAAAGACUCUCCUGGUAGUUUAAUCAGUCCUGUUCUACCUGAUAAAGAAAAUAAUGUACAGGAUGAAAAAAACCGUUUAAUUGUUAAACCUCACAGAAAACAUGACGAAAUCCUACAAGAUAGGGAAAGCAUCGAUGCAGAAAAUAGUGACGAUUUUGAAUGCAUAGAGAACAAGUCUGAAGAGCCUGUACAUGGACAUAAAAUUAUUAAUGUUACUGGUAGUACCAGUGCUGCUCCUUUUGCAGCAGACGAAAAAAUCAAAAUUUUGCAAGAAUCUGAAGAUAUAAUAAUUGUCAAACAAGAGUUUGAACCAUUUCAACAAAAAACAAAUCAUCCUAUCAGCGAAAGACGAAAUAUUGAAAGUGAUAAUCAUCAUCUACCUCAAAUUUCUGCAAUGGUUGCUGAAAAUGAACAAACGAAAGUAAGAGAAAAGUUAUAUGGCGAUAAAUAUAGUGUUUCAACAUCUGCUCAAGAUUUCCACGACAGAAAAUCCAUUAUAGCUUUCAAUAAGCCGAGAAUAGCAAUACCUGUAUCAAAAGGAAACGAUAAUGAGGACGAUUUAACUAGAAUAUUGGCAAGAAUGUCGGCGCCAAGUAGUACUCCAAAAAGAAGGAUUGAGAAGCAUGUUAAAGAUAUUGAACUAAAAGACGGAAGGCCGAAGGUUGUUCUGAGAAAUACGGAUUAUGGAGGAGUAAAAAGCAAGUUGGAGUUUUUCUCGAAACGUACGGCCGAGGCAACUCAACAAAAACGACAGUCGUUAAAUCCCCAUUCAGAUGCAGUGCCAGAUAGAAGAAAGGUCAGGAGUUGGGCGGAACAUUUCGAGAAGCGGUCUUUGGAUACCAACAUGACCUAUGAGCCAGUAUAUGCCAACUUGGAGUCUCUCAAUGUACACAGGACUAAUUCUGUAGCGAGCUUAAAGAUAGACAAAAAGCCUCUGCCCGUUCCCAGGUCUAAGAAUCUAGGUAGCGUCUCUGUCAGAAAUUCCGACAGUUCCUUCUCUGACAUCGGGAAUGACACAUCUGUAGAUGAGAUAAAAAUGAGUGAUUGUAAAAUUAUAAGUGAAAACGAUACCGAAAAUUUGAGUCAGGAACAUCCCGGUUCUGAUUUUAAUAAUAUUGGGAAAAUUAACCUGGUGGACAUUCCAGUCUAUUCUGAGACAUCCAGAGCAAUGCCUGAGGGAUCUGCGAAAGUAGUUGAAAAUGAAGAAAAUUUAAAAAUUGGGGUACUGGGAAUAAACAAAUCGGAAAAGUUUUUAGAAAUGCGUGAUGGUAGCCGAGAUAAUGUUGAAGUUAAGGAUGAGCAUGAGAAUUUUGCAACAGGGGCCGAAAGUUCAUUUUCCUCAAUUGCAGUAGCCGGCAAAUUCGAGGAGCUGGAUAUAACAAAACACGCAGACGACUCAGACGAAACCACUACCAAUAACGAAUCACGUUUAAAUCUCUUCCAUUUAGAAACCUAUAGUUACGAUGAAUCUUAUCUGAGCUUAUUCAAGUCUCCAGAAGACAAAAUUUAUGAAGACAUUAGCGGCGUGAAAAAGCCACAGAAAGGCUACUUCAAUAUUGCUUAUUUAGGGGAAGUAAGCGACAGCGAAAGUUGCGAGGAGAUGAGCAGGAUCGCUGAAGGUAAAAUCCUAGAGGGGAACCGUUCAAAACCCAAGAUAAUUGAUUUCGUGCCUUUGGAUGACGGGACAAAACCUGUUUUUAAAAAGGAUAUUCAGAGUGAUCCGAACUACGAUACACUAGAAAGGGAGAAGACGUUUCAUGUUCUGAAUAUAGCUGCUUCCACUGGAGCUGUGAGGAAAAGUUCAUCGAGUCCGGAAAAUAAAAAUGUUAAAGCUGCCACUAUAUCUAGCAGCAGAAUGAGCUUCUCCGCUGCGAAAAAAGUUUUUGAAACUCUGUUGGAAUCAAAUCAGGAUAGUACCAAGGAGCAUGAAAACCGCAAAUCGAAAAGUAGAGACUCAUUACAUAAAAAUUCAAGUUAAAGUUAAAUUAAAGCGAAAACUAACCUCGCAACAGUAAAAUAGCGUGAUGUCUAUCAACGAUUUAAAAUAUAUGAAGUACAGUUAAUUUUAUUAAAAACAAAUUAGUGUAGCAAUAACUUUUUGUUUGUGUAU